UUUAACAACCGGUAGAGUUUUGCCAUUACAUGUAUGCAUUCUUCAGUUUGGCCUCCUGACAGACAGAUGAAUUGCCUUUAAGCUGAGAAGAAAUGGGUAGCCAUUUGAAAAACAUCCUAAUCGUUUCCUUUGGAUUUCUGCUAUUAUUUACAGCUUAUGGAGGACUUCAGAGUCUACAGAGCAGUCUGAAUGCAGAUGAAGGCCUAGGAACGGCCUCCUUAAGUGUUCUCUAUGGAGCCAUUAUACUUUCCUCUAUGUUCCUACCACCAAUUCUAAUUAAGAAUCUGGGCUGCAAGUGGACCAUUGUUGUAUCCAUGGGCUGCUAUGUAGCAUAUUCUCUAGGAAACCUUUACCCAUCAUGGGAAACGCUGAUUCCCACAUCUAUAAUUCUGGGUUUGGGAGGGGCUCCCCUUUGGUCAGCAAAGUGCACCUACUUGACCAUCAGUGGAAACAUGCAGGGAAAGAAGGAGAACAAAGAAGGCAGAGACAUAAUCAACCAGUACUUUGGGAUCUUCUUUUUAAUAUUUCAGUCUUCUGCAGUGUGGGGCAAUCUGAUGUCAUCACUGAUAUUUGAGCUGGCUGAUGACAGAGCUAGCAUCACAGAGGAACAAUUAAAUCACUGUGGAGCAGCCGACUGUCCCGUAACAAAUGUCACUGGAAACAGCACAAUUGACAUUCCCCCAGACUCCUUAAGAUAUACUCUUGUGGGCUCUUACAUAGGUGUUGGCGUGUUGUCUGUGAUCCUGGUGGCUGUGUUUCUAGAUGACAUGGACAAAGAAGCAGCCCAGGAGUUCAGAGACAACAGGCAGCCAUUUUUCUCAGUUUUCCUAGCUACUUUCAAGCAUCUCCGAGACAAGCGACAGAUCCUGCUUAUCCCCAUGACAAUGUACAGCGGCUUUGAGCAGGGUUUCCUCGCCGGAGACUACAACAAGUCCUAUGUGACCUGUGCUCUGGGAAUACGGUAUGUUGGCUAUUCGAUGAUCUGCUUUGGUGCUACAAACUCCCUUUUUUCCUUUGGCUUUGGAAAGCUGUCACGUUAUACUGGAAGAAUCGCCCUUUUUGCCCUAGGUACAGUCACAAACUUGGCAUGUAUAAUAGCCCUGUUUCUUUGGAAACCUCAUCCUGACGACUUAGCAGUGUUCUUUGUGUUUUCUGGCCUUUGGGGAAUGGCCGACGCUGUGUGGCAGACACAAACAAAUGCUCUCUAUGGAGUUCUAUUUGAAGAACACAAGGAGGCAGCAUUUGCCAACUAUCGGCUCUGGGAGUCUGUGGGCUUUGUAAUAGCCUUCGGAUACAGCAGCUAUUUAUGUGUAGAUGUUAAGCUGUAUGUUGUGCUUGCUGUGUUGGUGGUAGGCAUGGUACUCUAUGGCUGUGUGGAAUACAUUGAAUACAAGAAUCCUACUGCCUGCAUUGAGAACAAGCUAGAGGUAGAAGAGGACCAAUAUAUUGCCCAGUCUAAACUGUAGUGAAGUAUUGUGGUGGACUUUCAGCCUUUAACUAUUUUAUUUAUUGGACAGUAAAAUAUAACAAUAAAUGUGUCAUCCACAUACAGUACAUCUCCCUAGGUUAAACAAAGAUAAUAGCAUUGUGUGUGUUCUGUACAAUACAAUUGUAUAUACAGCUUGAUGUGUAUGUAAUAUUAAAUACAAUAAUAAUUAUGUAAAAUAAGUUUUGAAAUAACAGGAAGUAGUCAGAGGAAAUUACACCUAGGGGUAGAUGUACUAAAGUGUUGCAAACGAGUCGGAAGUCCAGGGUGAAAUGUACUAAACAAGCACAAUGCUGUUAGCGACUUUUUAGAGAAUGCUUUGCGGCAGCAGUUUCUGUUUGCGGUUCAAGCGUAGAUGAAUAUGUAGUUAUGGGCAGAAAAGGGGCAGAGAUAGUGCAAAUCAGGGUUCUCAAAUAUUGUAAUGAGAUCUAUGAAAGCAGCAGACAAUUGCGACACUUACAAUUGCAUCAAUUUGUUAAGAACUUUUGAAAGCAUGUUUUAAACAGUCGCAAUUGUUGCUGGCAUUUCCCAGUAUGAUUUUUCUCGUGCCUUGCCAGUUGUGCUCAAUGCAUUUUUGAGGCAAACAGCCAAACACCCAUUUUUCCCUAAAAGCAGGGUGUACUUACAAGCCUUGAAAACACAUUUCUAUGACAUUUCUGGCUUCCCCAACGUGUUGGGAGCAAUAGAUGACACACAUGUGCUGCUAACCCCUCCAGCAUGAUUUAUUUUGUGUUACCAUACCGGAAGCCUACAGGCUAAAGUAAAAAGAAAGUGCGCUAGAUGUUCAUUUGAUUUUACUACUGUAUUGUAUACAGUAUAGGCCUACUGUACAGACUUAUAUUUUUGCUCAUAAUGUAAUGUGUAACCUACUCAAAACCCAUUAUAGUUAUUUCAGUGCAAUGAUUUAUACAUUUAAAUACAUUGAGCACUAUAAAUGUAUGUGUAUGAUUUUAUUAUAUAUUUUUUAAACCCAGCACCCUUGGACCCUAGCAUAUAUAGACGUUAUCCUUUGGGCACACUCUGCUGCAGUAAACCACAACUUAACUCCCACUAUGUAUUUGAACAAUGUCACACGACUCUCGCAAUAGAGAUAUCGCUAAGAAGAUGCAACAGAUAUUUAAAUUAGUAUAUUGCGGUUCUUUUCAUUAACAUAUUUUCUCUUAGUACAUACGACAAAAUGUAUACUUUGCUAAGUGUUGCAACGGAAAUGCAAAUUGCAGUAUGUUUGCGCUGCGACUAGCCCAUCUUAGUACACCUACCCUCUAGUAUUUAAAAAAAAAAAUGCCAGUUUUACUAAAUGUCAAAAUGAAGCUAGAUGUAUGUAACACAUAUAUGAUUUCUCAUUAGGGUAGCCAACUUUACAUUUUUUCACCUCCCCCCCCGGAGAGUAUACAAAUUCCCUUAUUAAAAUCGACUGUCCCGUCCAAAACCAGACAGUUGGCAUCCCUAUUACGAUGCAGGCACCGCCUCCUUCUCUGUUUGGCUCCUAGCAACAUCUAUAUUUACAGCGAUUUGCUGAAAAUAAUUGAAUAGCAGUAUAUAUUAAAUUAUGCACCUAUCAAAAGCUAAAAUUGUGCUGCCAUUUGUCCAGCUCUUUUGUUGUUUUAGCAACAGCAAUUGAUAAUUAAAGGCACAGUAGUCUGUCACAAAUGUGCACCGCUGGCACAGAGCCGGUGGUCACCUUUCAGCGAUGUUGGCACUGAGUCUUAACGGGCAAUGAGUGUCCAGUUUUCAGUGUACAAAACCGGACAGCAAGUUUAAAAAACGCCUGUCUGGUCUAAAACUGUGCAGUUGGCAACCCUAUUCCUCUUGUAUGCACAUGAUAAAUGAAUACUUUAUUGUAAAAACAGAUCUGUUUGUAUUAGAAAUUGGUUCCAGACAAUCCAUCCAAAAACAGGCUGGAAUACACCGAAGGAUUCUAGAUAAUGAAAGUUAAGUGGAAAAUCAUUACUAUAAUAAUUGGGGCAGCAGUGUGGAGUAGUGGUUAGGGCUCUGGACUCUUGACCAGAGGGUUGUGGGUUCAAUCCCCAGUGGGGGACACUGCUGUUGUACCCUUGAGCAAGGUACUUUACCUACAUUGCUCCAGUAAAAACCCAACUGUAUAAAUGGGUAAUUGUAUGUAAAAAUAAAUAAAUAAUGUGAUAUCUGUAUAAUGUGAAAUAAUGUAUAAUGUGAUAUCUUGUAACAAUUGUAAGUCGCCCUGGAUAAGGGCGUCUGCUAAGAAAUAAAUAAUAAUAAUAAUUAUUACAUUUAAUCAGUUCUAACCGUAACCAUGACAUCCUAUAUUGUAUCCUUUUAAUAUACUGUUGUGAUCCUGGCCGUUUGCAAACGGGCUUCUCCAAAUCUUUAGUUCUUUUCUGUAAUAAAAGUUUUCACUAAUGAGUUAUUUUUAUGGAUUAAAUAAAGAUGGAUUUGAAGAAAUUAAUGUAAUAUGAAACGUGUUUUUUACUUUAUAAUUUUGUUGUUGUUGUUGGUAAGUUUCAUUUCAUUGUAUUUGCUUUUAGCUAACGGUUAACUUAGACAAAUCAUGCCAUUGUGAGUACUCCAGUGUAUUUUCCAUCACCACUGUGUUGAAUACUUUCUCCACCAUGGGAAUGUUUACAAAUGAGAGAAAUAUUUUCAUGCUGGCUAAUAUAUGUAAAGGUCAUUAUAUCUGAAGGGAAAUUCCAUUCAAAUAAUACUAUUUUCCUUGGAGUGUUUGUUCUAAGGUUGAUCACCCUUUGUGCUGUAGAUAUAAAUGACUGUUUAUGAAACUUUUGGGGUCAUGUAUCAAGCAUUUGCAACGGCAUUAAGGCCUUAGCGCUGGGUUAACGGUGGCCUUAAAAUUCCCCCGAAUGUAUCAUGACACUUUUGGCAAGUUAAGGCCGUGUUAGCACCACAAAAAUGCGCUCUGCCGUUCAUUAGCCAUGCAUUUUAAGGCGUGUCAAGCCUUAAUUAUAUGCAUGGGCAAAUUGUAGGUGGGGCUCAUUUCUAAAUGAAGUCUGUUAUAUUAAAAUUAGAAUAGCUGUGCCUGUUCUAAAAGGAUCCACAAAUAAGUCUGAUUUCAAUUUGGGCGCAAAGAAAAAAGCCAGAAAGCAGCUGAUAGGAAAGGGCAUUAUGGCAGCAGUCAUAACGUAUUUCUUACGACAGAGUGCAGGCCCUUAACCUUCCUGAACAACACAGGGACAGAGGGAGAGUACUGAGAAGAAGGGAGAGUUUUUAGGGUCUG